AUGAGACACUGGGUGCCAUCUCUCGGCCUCCUGGCAUAUCUUGCAACGAUUGUCGCCGGAAAUGAGGUGCAGCUUAAACAAGAUGACGCCCAUCGACAGAGAUGUUCAGGGAUGUACAGCAGGAAAUCCUGGGGAGGUUCAAUAGAGCCAUUUAUCCUUGUCAAAUUCCUUGCGGACCGCACCGAAGAUGAUACCGACCCUAUUGCGAGUCUGAUAAUAUUCGAAUGGCAAGACGAAGGCCUCAUAGGAAGAAUGCCGCCGGGCGGAGAAACCUACCGGGAUCUCGAAACAAUAUGCUCUGCAGACACGGCUGCAGCUGGCCUAUGUGAAGAGAAAGAUAUUGGUGCAUUUAUACUCGCACCGAAUGCUACCGAAGCAUCGAAAAGCCUCAUAUACAACGAAGCAAUCCAUCUCAAAGACCCUAAGGCCGUGAAUUACCCGAUCCGAAGAACAGGAUACUAUUGUGUCUCGACCUUCGCAUUCUCAGAUCACGAAUACAAUGCCGUGGUGGAAUUCCGGAAUGCUUAUGGCGAGCUUCCCGCAGCUCAAAUAGCAAAAUUGCCUUUCUACGGUGGCCUCACCAUCGUUUACGCGGUGUUAGGCGCUUUCUGGGCCUUCCUCUAUGUUCAGAAUCGAUCCGACAUCCUCCCCGUUCAGAAUUAUAUUACAGCGACGAUCAUUUUCUUGAUCAUCGAGCAGCUCAUGACGUGGGGCUUCUACGAUUAUCAAAACAGACAUGGCAACAACGCUCUGAACAAAGUCUUCAUGGUCAUUGUUUCAAUCCUGAAUGCCGGUCGGAAUUCACUGUCCUUCUUCCUCCUGCUGAUCGUCUGCAUGGGGUAUGGUGUGGUGAAGCCGUCUUUAGGCAGAACAAUGGUCUACGUUCGGAUCCUCGCUAUCGCCCACUUUAUAUUUGGCGUCAUCUACGCAAUUGCUUCAAUGACGGUCACUCCGGAGUCGGUCGGUCCACUUAUCCUUUUCGUCAUUCUCCCACUCGCAGGGACUCUGACUGCAUUCUACGUGUGGACGUUGUCAUCUCUUAACGUAACCAUCAAGGACCUGGUCGAGCGGAAACAAAAAACUAAAGCUAUGAUGUACAAGAAACUAUCCUGGUGUAUUCUGGGCUCCAUCUUGGUCAUCUUCGCCUUCUUCUUUGUUAACAGCCUGGCCUUCGCUGGAAGCAGCUCGGCCAAUUUUGUGCCAAAACAUUGGCAGACGAGAUGGUUUGUGCUGGAUGGCUGGUUGAAUCUGGUUUAUCUGUUUAAUAUUGCUUUCAUUGCAUACCUAUGGCGUCCGACGGCGAAUAACAGGCGAUUCGCUAUGAGUGACGAGUUGGCCCAAGACGACGAUGGCUUCGAAAUCCGUAGCAUAGCCGAUUCACUCUCAGACGCCGAGGAAGAUGCUCGGAAAGACCAAGAACGCGAGGGUGCUCCAUCGAGAGGAGCUGCCACGGCGCUCACAGAUGCAGUUGACCUCUUUCCACCAAACAAACCGACUCCCUCGGGCCCACCUUUGCAAAAUAGCGGUAAAGCACCUGUGAAUCCGCCUCGGCCGAGGGAGUCGUUAGACGGAGAAACGAUUUUCGCGGUCGGAGAAGACGGAGUCGAGUGGAGCGACGGCGAGGAAGAGAGUGACAGCGAUGAGAGGAAGAAGUUGACGGGCAGGUAA